UUUCGUGAUUUUUUUUUUCGAAGACUGGCUGUGGCUGAGGGUGUGAUUGAGAGGGAGUGCAUAACGGAAAGUCUGAGAUUUGGCUCUACUGAGGUUUUCAGCUUGCGGUGCUCGUUGGCCUGGACAGUAACAACUUGCUAAAAAAGACAAUAUAUAACAGGAGAGACUGGGAAACAGGAAGCGCCUGGAAUGAAAGCAUAAAGGAAACAGAAAAAGGAGCAAAGGCACGACAGUCAACGCGACAGACACGAGAGUGACAGACGGCAGAGACUGACAGAACGGGGAAGAGAAAGGGGGAGAUAGAGAGGCCAAUUGUUUUGAGUAAAUAGUACACCAGACACUCACAGGGAAAGCUUGCAUACUGGUGCUGGCAUGGCAGACGCAGAUUUGGACUUUCAGACGGGCGAUGCUGGGGCAUCUGCCACCUUCCCCAUGCAGUGCUCUGCCCUGCGCAAGAACGGCUUUGUCGUGUUGAAAGGUCGGCCCUGCAAGAUUGUUGAAAUGUCCACCUCCAAGACGGGCAAGCAUGGACACGCCAAGGUCCACAUGGUUGGCAUAGACAUCUUCUCUGGGAAGAAGUAUGAAGACAUCUGUCCCUCCACUCACAACAUGGAUGUCCCAAACAUCAAGAGGAUGGACUACCAGUUGAUUGGUAUACAGGAGGGGUACCUGUCGCUCCUCCAGGACAGUGGGGAGGUGCGGGAGGACCUGAAGAUGCCUGAAGGAGACCUGGGAAAGGAGAUUGAGGCAAAAUAUAAUGCUGGAGAGGAGAUCCUGAUAACUGUUCUAUCUGCGAUGAAUGAGGAAUGUGCAGUUGCUAUCAAAGCAAUGGCUAAGUAAAGUACUGAAGGGGUUACCAGAUGUAUUGGACCUGAAAAAGAAAAGAAUACAACCUCAGCAUUGCUAUUUCUCUUACUUUCUUCUUUCUUCAAAUCAGCCAGUCCCUCUUUCUUUCUGUACUUUCUGGUCCUUCUUUGGGUUAAAUUAGAAAAUACAUUUAAUAAAUAACUGGAAAUUAAAUACAGUGGAAAAAGUCUUUUAUAUAUAUAUAUAUUAAACACGACUGCACACUUACACCAGUAAAAAAAGUUUUAAUAUAAAAAAGAUGAGGGAUGUAUGUAUUCUCACUUAGCCUCCUGUAGGUAGUAGAAGGUUGAAAAUAUAAUGGAUUGAAAUGCAAUGGUUUGUCCACCACCUUUCAAAAAGGCAGAAUUGAAAAAAAGGUGAUAAAACUUUGUGAUACAAGUACCAAAUUUGAUACAAAGGUAGCUCUGUAUGAUAGAAAUAGAUUCUGAUAUGGAGCCAUCCCAAAAUAUGGGGCCAUGGCGGCAAUUGUUCUAAAUGGCCACCAAAUAGCAUGGAAUCCAAUGGUGAAAUGAGUUAUUGUCCAUCCUUUAACAUUUCUUUUGAGAUAUAAUUGUUCUAGUCAACUGUAAAUGUUUGAAAUAUCAAUUGUGAAACAUUUACUUUUUAUACAGUGCCCUCAGGAACAGUAUUGCUGUAUGCUUAAGGCAUUUGGAUUUGAGAUGAAAUGAUGAAUACAGGUCAGAAGUAGACAAUCCAAAUUUAUCAUACUGUACUUCUGCCAUCCUUAAUAAUGAUCACUAAGUAUGAUUGAGCAUGUUCCAGAAGCAGUCAGACAUGCCCAAGCCAUGACACUACUUCUAUAUUUCACAGAUGAAGGGGGGGUCUUAUAUCAUGGGCUGUUCCUUCCUUUCUCCACACUUUCAGCUCUCCAUAAUUUUAGUUUAUUUUGGUCUCUUCUGUCCAGUGUCUGGCUUGUCUGUAUUUUUUUGUGAAUUCUAAUCUGGCCUUUUGAUGCCGAUUAGUUUUGCAUCUUGCAGUUUAGCCUCUAUAAAUCUGCUCUUAAAGUCUUCUGCUUACAGAAGCUUGUGAUAUUUUCACCCCUGCCCUCUGGUGAUUAAUGGUGAUGCCACUGACUGUUGUUUUAGGGUUUUUCUUCACAGCUCUUAGGAUUCAUCAGUCAUCAACUGCAGUUGUCUUCAUUGGCCGUUCCGGUCUGGUGCUUAUACCAGAUGAACAUAAAGGCUAAAACCAAGACUAGACUUACUCUACUCUUUUAUGGCUGAAUAAUCCAUGCAAAAGGAAACACCUAAGCAAACGUUAACACCUGUCACCUGUUAACUUACUUUUGUACAGCUGAAAAUAGUGGACUCAACACAUAAAACAGUUGUUUCUAUAAAAUGGCAAAACAUGCAUGUAAAUACCAUGAAAUAAAAACAGAUUGUCUGCC